AUGGAAGCCUGGGGAUUUCUAAAAUUGGAAGUGAGUGGCCCCAUGGUGACAGUGGCCCUGUUGGUGGCUCUCUUGGCCCUCCUGAAAUGGUACGCCACAUCGGCAUUCUCAAGAUUGGAAAAGUUGGGCAUCAGACAUCCCAAGCCAUCUCCAUUCAUUGGAAAUUUGACAUUUUUCCGCCAGGGUUUUUGGGAAAGCCACAUGGAGCUCAGAAAGCUAUACGGACCUCUGUGUGGGUACUAUUUUGGUCGUCGGAUGUUUAUCGUUAUUUCUGACCCGGACAUGAUCAAGCAGGUGUUGGUUGAAAACUUCAGUAACUUUACCAACAGGAUGGCGUCGGGUUUGGAGUCCAAGCCAGUAGCUGACAGCAUUCUGUUUUUACGUGACAAAAGAUGGGAAGAGGUCAGAGGUGUCCUGACUUCUGCUUUCAGUCCUGAAAAGCUGAACGAGAUGAUUCCACUCCUCAGCCAAGCCUGCGACCUUCUCCUGGCUCAUUUAGAAUGCUACGCAGAAUCUGGGGACGCAUUCGACAUCCAGAGGUGCUACAGCUGUUACACUACAGACGUGGUGGCCAGUGUCGCCUUCGGCACCCAGGUGGACUCCUGGAAGGCUCCCGAGCACCCCUUUGUGAAACACUGCAGGCGUUUCUUCAAGUUCUGCAUCCCCAGACCUGUCCUGGUUUUAAUCUUAUCGUUUCCAUCCAUAAUGGUCCCACUGGCCCGGAUUCUGCCCAAUAAGAACCGAGAUGAACUGAAUGGCUUUUUUAACAAACUCAUUAGGAAUGUGAUUGCCUUGCGGGACCAGCAAGCAGCAGAAGAGAGGAGGAGAGACUUCCUCCAAAUGGUUCUGGAUGUCCGACACUCUGUGAGCUCUGUGGGGGUGGAGAACUUCGACAUCGUCAGAGAAGUCUUCUCCUCUGCCCCAUGCACAGUGAAGCCUUCCAGGCAAUGCCAGCCCAGAGCCUUGUCCAAGCCCUUGACAGUGGAUGAGAUCGUGGGCCAGGCCUUCAUCUUCCUCAUUGCUGGCUACGAGAUCAUCACCAACACGCUCUCUUUUGCCACCUACCUGCUGGCCACCAACCCUGACUGCCAAGAAAAGCUUCUGAGAGAGGUGGACCUUUUCAAGGAGAAAUACACGGCCCCUGAGUACUGCAGCCUCCAGGAAGGCCUGCCCUAUCUGGACAUGGUGAUUGCAGAGACUCUGAGGAUGUACCCGCCGGCUUUCAGGUUCACGCGGGAGGCAGCGCAGGACUGCGAGGUGCUGGGGCAACAUGUCCCCGCAGGAACCGUGCUGGAGACGGCUGUGGGCGCCCUGCAUCACGACCCUCAGUACUGGCCACACCCCGAGACCUUCGACCCUGAAAGGUUCACAGCCGAGGCCCAGAGGCAGCGGCUGCCCUUCACCUACCUGCCCUUCGGGGCGGGCCCCCGGAGCUGCCUCGGGGUGCGGCUGGGGCUGCUGGAGAUCAAGCUGACACUGCUCCAUGUCCUGUGCAAGUUCCGGUUUGAAGCCUGCCCUGAGACUCAGGUACCACUGCAGCUAGAAUCCAAAUCUGCCCUCAGUCCAAAAAAUGGCGUUCAUAUCAAGCUUGUACCCCGCUGACACAGAAG